CCUUUAGCCAUGACCUAAGUGUACUAGCACAGGAGUGACGUGAUGGGCAAGUUUGUAUGGUGUGAUGCAGGGCUGGGAGUGGCUACUGAUCAUGUGGUGAACAGACAGGAAAAUCAAAAAUGUUCUGCUGUUUAUUGCCUAUAGGACCCAGCAGAAUCCUCCAGCAAACAAGAAAAAAUACCAAUCUGGCAACCAAACGCUUCUCAGGCAAAAUAAUAACAAAACUCAGAUGCAACAAUUUACACCCAACACAGUCCAUCACACCAUUCCCCCUAAGCUCUCUCCUUUAGGCCUGAGCACCAGGCCUUUUAUUAGGCCCAAUUAUCAGGUAAUUGGCCACAGCUGUAGAGACUACAAUACAGCACUGAUGUGUCCAUAUCUGUGUGUGGGGCUGGUGCUGCCCCCUAGUGGACAGCAGCACCCCAACUCCCUUCCUGGCACCACAGUGGCUAGUGGCAGUGUGGCUAGAACUGUGAGGUGCUUUUCCUUCCUGAGUGCAGUGGGUUCAAAUCUCAGCUUGGUGUAGAGUUUGCAUGUUAUCCCCAUGUCCACGUGGGUUUCAUCUGGGUACUCCAGUUUCCUCCUACAGUCCAAAGACAUGCAGGUAGGCUAGUUGGAGAUUCCAAAUUGCCCAAAGGUAUGAAUGUGCGAGUGAAAGGUGUGUGUGCCCGGAGACAGAUUGGCGACCUGUCCAGGGUGUAUUCCUGCCUCUCGCCCAAUGCACGCUGGGAUCGGCUCCAGCACCCCCCGUGACCCUGUAUAGCGGGUUUAGAUAAUGGUAUAGAUAAUGGAUGGACACAUGACUGCACUUAUUACACUGUUUUCCUCGUUUAACCAGUUGUGACUUCUUAGGACAGUGAUGGCUUUUUGGCUUUCUGUCCAGGCUCUUAAGGGUUUAUUUGCACACAGACUCAAUGCAUCUCAGUGUGGUUUUGCUUUCUUGCACCCAGCUUGUCAGGCAAUGUGUCAGAUGAGGAACUUCCUCCAUGUUCAGCCAUUUCCUGUUAAGUAUACCCCUGUAAAAAGACUUGACACCAGUAAGAAGGGCUGCAUAGAGCAUCAGCCAUGGUAAUGGUACAGUUGUGGACCCUGUUGUGGAUAUCAGGAUACUGUCAUCUACUUUCUGCUGAGGUGUUGGUAGAGUACAAACACUUCCUUUCUGGGGAGGGACAGGGGGUCUCUCUACAAGCCCCUGCUGAGACCAGCGGGACAGAAUUCAUCUGGGAGUGGACGUCACAUGAUGGAAGCUACGCAAACGCUCGGAUAGUAACUAUACCUUCCGACGGGAAGGUUAAAUGGAAUUUGUCUAUUAAUAGACAAGGGAAGUAUGACAUUGUUCUGCAACCAAAGUUACAAAAUGCAGGAAUUUUUACUUUCAUUCAAACUAAACCAGAGAAAGUAAACUUGUCCCAAUUUGAAGUGUUCGCUGUAAAAGUGAAACCAUCUCACUGGUCCAGUGUAAAAGAAGGUCCUGAUGUGAACAUGAGCUGUGAAGUAUCACACCUUCCAGAUUCAGCUACACUGGACUGGGAAAGGGACAGAGAACCUACUGCUAACACAACGCUGAUCUACAACAACACUGCCCACAUCAUCAUCCACAGUGCUGACCGAUACAGUGCGGGAACGUAUAACUGCACACUCAGAUGGAACGGAGCACUUAUUUUCAGCAUUUCCAGGACACUUCAAGUUGAAAGUGGUACACGUGGCACACGGCACACUCUGUACAGAGGGAGUUUGAACAGCAGUGAGGUGGUGCUAAUCUGCCGUUCUCAGAACUCAUACGGAACAGCGUAUUGGCAACGGGCGCCAUUGUCUGGAACAAAUACAAUCCGUGUGGCCUCAGCUGAUAGAUACAAGAAUGCUUCGAUUUCCACGGAGGUAGAUAAAGCGAGAUUCUCAACUGAGGGCUAUGAUGGAUCUAAUUUCCCUCUGAGAAUCUCACCAGUGAAGUUUGGAGACAGCGGAAUGUACUUCUGUUACUGUGAACACUACCUGAUGGCCUCAGUAACUCUGGUAACUGUUCAGGGUAAGUCUGCACUUCAGGUUUCUAUAAUUUACAAGAGUGAAUAAAUAAUAGA